GCCUUCGCAUCCCCCUCCCCUGCCCAUUUGAAUGUGAGAAAGAGAGGGAAACCGCCCACCCAAGCCAAAGCCGGCGACCGGCGAAUACCCCCAACUAUCCGCCGCCGGCCCGGCCAUGCCGAGAUCCUCCUCCACGUCCACCCCCGGCUCCGGCGACAAGCCGACGCUGGGCAGGGCGAUGGCCACCAUCCUGGCGCUGCCGCUGACCCCGAUCUCCAAGGCCAAGGGCGGCCUGCUCCUCUUCAAGAAGCGCGCCUCCGCCGCCGCCAGGCGCCGCUGCUCCUACAAGCCGUUCCGCCACUACAACUACGCGUACGUGGGGGAGUACCAGUUCUCCCCCUCACGCUCGCCGCUCCUCCCGGGCCCGCCCCCAGGCGUCACAGCCUGGCGGAGGGCCGCCGCCAAGAAGCGCCGGAGCAGGGCCAGGAUGAUCCUCGCCUCGCUCUUCUGCGGCGGCGACGAGGUCGACGUCGCCGUGCUCGACGGACUGGCCCGUCGAGCCGACAGCGGCGACGUGCGAUCGGAUAGGGAGCAGCUCGUGCUCGCCCCGGCUCUGGAGUGGGGGCGCGAGCGCGGCGACGACGACGACGACGAUGCGUACAACUACGACGAUGAGGAGCAGGAGCAGGAGGUGGAUUACGGGGAAGACGGGGACGAGGAGGUCGACGGCCGCGCCGAGCGCUUCAUCGAGCGGUUCUACGCCGAGAUGAGGCUGCAGAGGCAGAGGUCUCUGGUCCAGCGCCUCCUCUAGACGACCCCCUCGUUUUCAUCGAUAGCUGCUACUUCCUUCUCCAUCGGGUAGAAUCAAUUGAUCGUCGCGGCUAUCUUAGCUGCAGUUCGGUUAAUCUCUUCGUUUCGUGGAUCGUUCUUGUUACCGUUGUUUUGUCAGGUGUGAGUUGUUGUUGGAGUCGUCUGGGGGGAGAGAUUCGUCUCCCCUGCUGUAGUUUUACUUUCACCUGUAAUCCAUGUGUUGUAAUUUUCGUUUCUGUAGUGUUUUUGAGUUUGUACAAUUACAAAACAAGCGUUCUAGUAUCUGUUUUGGUUCGCACGAA